AUAACAAUAUGCAAUAACUUAACUGUUAUUCGAACAUUGUUUACCCUAUAAAUAUAUAAUAUACUUGCUUUGAUAGCUAAAUUUAUUUUCUAUUAAAAUAUGGUGUAAAAUCGAGAAAAAAGAUUUGUGCAAUUUUUUAGAGCAUAAAGUAGAUCAUAUUAUUGACUGAUGCAUACUCCUUAGCAUCUGUUAUGUAGCGCAGCAAAAAUUCAUAAACAAAAAGGUAUUUCAUAUAGCCACACUCACUAAACAAACGGGCAGUUCCUAGACAAACAUCAAUUUCUCUUGUUAUACGUUACGGAUAAAAUACAAUUUUUUUUCGAGUGCACCCAAAAUGAGUUCAAUUCGCAAAAAAUUGGUGAUUGUGGGCGAUGGAGCAUGUGGCAAGACGUGCCUCUUGACUGUCUUUUGCAAAGAUAGUUUCCCCUUGGAUUAUGUGCCAACCGUUUUCGAAACAUAUGUCGCAGAUGUGGAAGUUGAAGGAUCACAGGUGGAAUUGGCUCUGUGGGAUACUGCUGGUCAGGAGGAUUAUGAUCGCUUGCGUCUUUUAAGCUAUCCGGAUACAGAUGUUAUUGUCAUGUGCUUCUCCAUUGAUUUACCUGAUUCGCUGGAGAAUAUUCAAGAUAAAUGGAUACCCGAGGUGAAGCAUUUUUGUCCAAAUGUUCCCAUUAUUUUAGUGGGAAACAAACGAGAUUUGCGCCAUGAUCCGGAUACCAUUAGGGAACUAUCUUUACAAAAGCAACAACCCGUUCAAACGGAACAAGGUUUUACUAUGGCUGAAAUAGUGAAUGCUUUUGCAUAUCUCGAAUGCUCAGCCAAAAUGCAGGAGGGCGUGCGGGAAGUUUUUGAAACAGCGACCAGAGCCUCUCUACAAGUGAAAAAGAGAAAAAAGAGAUCGGGAUGUUGGAGCUUAUCGUGUAAGCUGCUCUAGUUGAAUAUGAUUAUCGAUAAAAGUAUCCUAUCGAAAGUUACGUAUCCAUUUUCGACUCCAUCCGUUAAAAUUAUAUUAUACAGACUUGUUGGUAAUUUUCAUCAAAAAGUAUUUCCUGCCGCUUAUAACAAAUUAACGAAUGAUAUGAAAAAUGUUAAGAAAACAAACUAAUAAAAGAUAUUUCUGAUUUUA